UAGAACUGGUGAGCUCUCCGCCAUCAGACCAAAAUCUCUUCCUCCACCUGCGGCGACUACGAGUACAAAGAAGUCGAAGAACCGCGCUGCACCAGCUCCUGCUCUGCCAACGGAGGCGCCUGAUCCAAGCGUUGAUUCACGAGCAGCGGUGUUGUAUUGCGUUUUCAGUUGGAUUCUAGCGGCGACCCAUCGGCGCUGUGAUUUGCCAAAAUGGAGAUCAGUCAUUAAGUUUCUGGUCAUUUUCACUUGUUUUAGAGAGAGAGAUAUCUAUGAGACCAAAGGGAGAGUUCACAAAGUGUAGCAGCUAUGGCAUGGAUAAACAUGAACCAAUUACUCCUAUUCUCAGCAAUUUUUCGACUCAUUUUGAUAAUUUAUGGAGAAUGGCAAGAUACCCAUAUGGAAGUUAGAUAUACAGAUGUGGAUUACCUUGUCUUUUCUGAUGCUGCCUCGUUAAUGGCUUCCGGAGAAUCCCCUUACAAAAGAAGUACUUACCGGUAUUCACCUUUGCUCGCUUUUCUGCUCAUACCCAAUUCCAUUAUUCAUCGUUCAUGGGGUAAAUUCCUCUUCUCUGCUUUAGAUUUACUUGUGGGCUUGUUUAUCCACGACAUUUUGAAGCGUCGUAAGGUGCCUGAGGAUCUGUGCUUAUAUUCUGUAAUGGUAUGGCUCCUCAAUCCAUUUACCUUCACCAUUGGAACCCGUGGGAACUGUGAGCCCAUUGUUUGUGCCAUGAUUUUGUGGACCAUUAUCUGUCUUAUGAAUGGUAAUGUGGUCCAAGCUGCAGUUUGGUAUGGACUAGUUGUCCAUUUCAGAAUUUAUCCUAUAAUCUAUGCACUCCCUAUUGUUUUGGUUCUUGAUCAAUGCUUCUUCCAAUCUGGUCAGAAGCCUCUUCUUGUGAAUUGGAAAUCCAGUCAACAGAAGACAUCACAGAAUACAGAAGGACCUGGGGAAUUUGGUAUAUGGACUGUGUUGAAAAGGAUAUUUACAAGAGAGAGAAUUAUGUUUGGACUGAUUUCAGGAGCUGUUUUUCUCUCUUGUACUGCUCUUUUUUUCUACUUGUAUAGAUGGGAGUUCUUAAAUGAGGCACUGCUCUACCAUCUCACUCGUACAGAUCCAAGACACAAUUUUUCCAUCUAUUUCUAUCACAUAUAUCUCCAUUAUGAACGUGAAUUUUCAAUGGUGGAAAAGCUUAUCUCAUUUCUGCCUCAACUGGUAGUGCAGCUGGUUCUCAUUUUCUGCUUUGCGCCAGAUCUUCCAUUUUGCUUUUUCCUACAGACAGUGGCGUUUGUAGCAUUCAACAAGGUAAUCACAGCACAGUACUUUGUCUGGUUCUUUUGCUUGUUGCCAUUGAUACUUCCAUGGAGCAAUAUGAAGCUGAGGUGGGUAGGCACAUGUUGCACGCUUGUAUGGAUUGGUGCUCAGAGCCAUUGGUUGUUCUGGGGUUAUCUGCUUGAAUUUAAGGGCAAAAAUGUUUUCCUACAGCUUUGGCUAGCAAGCUUACUGUUUCUGGCUGCUAAUACUUUUGUGGUUGUCAUGUUUAUCCGGCACCACAGAUGCUGUCCGGUGUUCCGGCAGCUAAAGCGUUCAAGUUUGGAGAAAUCUGAAUGAGUGAACCACAGUGUUGCUAGAAUUUGAGGAUCUUUGUAGCACCAUUGCAUUGGCUUGAUUUAUCUUCAUUGUACUUUGGAUAAUGAUUCACUGCAUAUGCUUACUGGGUGCACAAACACUCUGCCUAAUGCUGGCAUUUUUCACUUGAUUCAUCAGCUAGGAACUUGUGUGCACUGAAUUGUAUCAGUUAUGAAUAAUUUUUUCCCAGUUCUUCUAUUUUUAAA